AUGGACUCGGAGGAUGACCCCUUGCUGCAAGACGUGUGGCUAGAGGAGGAGCAGGAAGAGGAGGAAGCAACCGGUGAGGCCUUUAGGAGGGCCCAGAAGCCAGGGCCCCGAGCUGGGAAAGGAGGGCAGUGUUGCUGGAGGCGUUGGACCUUGCCUUCCCGGCCGCCUGCCUCGGGCUUCUGGAGCACCCUGGGCUGGGCUUUCACAAAUCCCUGCUGUGCAGGGCUGGUGCUCUUCCUGGGCUGCAGCAUCCCCAUGGCCCUGUCGGCCUUCAUGUUCCUCUACUACCCGCCGCUGGACAUUGACAUCUCCUACAACGCCUUUGAGAUCCGCAACCAUGAAGCUUCCCAGCGUUUUGAUGCCCUCGCGCUGGCGCUUAAGUCCCAGUUUGGGUCCUGGGGGCGCAACCGGCGCGACUUGGCUGACUUCACUUCUGAGACGCUCCAGCGCCUUAUCUCGGAGCAGUUGCAGCAGCUGCAUCUGGGCAACCACUCUCGACCGGUCACCAGGCCCCCACGGGCAGUCUUUGCGGCCCCAAGGCGUGGCCCAGGCAUAUCCCCUGACACUUCCGCAGACCAGAAACCAGCAGCCAAUCGGAGUGGGCGUCUUCGGCGGGAGGCCCCAACCCUGGUGGAUCUGGCAGCCAACCAGAGUGAAGGCCCAACGAACCAGGGGAUGCAGAAGAAUGGACGGUGCCAACCCAGCACCCCGCCCCGUACUGUGGCUGCGGCCAAUCAGAGCCGAGCCCGCAGGGGUGCCUCGCGCUGGGACUACUCACGUUCUUAUGUGAGCGCCAACACCCAGACGCAUGCGCACUGGCGCAUUGAGCUCAUUUUCCUGGCCCGUGGCGACGCAGAGCGCAACAUUUUCACCAGUGAGCGGCUGGUCACAAUCCACGAGAUUGAGCGCAAGAUCAUGGACCACCCGGGCUUCCGGGAGUUCUGCUGGAAACCCCAUGAGGUGCUCAAGGACCUUCCACUAGGGUCCUAUUCCUACUGCUCCCCCCCCAGCUCGCUCAUGACCUACUUCUUCCCCACUGAGAGAGGCGGCAAGAUCUACUAUGAUGGCAUGGGCCAGGACCUGGCCGACAUCCGGGGCUCCCUAGAGCUGGCCAUGACUCACCCCGAGUUCUACUGGUAUGUGGACGAGGGCCUCUCCGCAGAAAACCUCAAGAGCUCCCUACUGCGCAGCGAGAUCCUCUUUGGAGCACCCCUGCCCAACUACUACUCAGUGGACGAUCGCUGGGAGGAGCAGCGGGCCAAGUUUCAGAGCUUUGUGGUCACCUACGUGGCCAUGCUGGCCAAGCAGUCUACUAGCAAAGUCCAGGUUCUGUAUGGGGGGACAGACCUCUUUGAUUACGAGGUGCGCAGAACCUUCAACAAUGACAUGCUCCUGGCCUUCAUCAGCAGCAGUUGUAUCGCUGCCCUCGUCUACAUUCUCACCUCCUGCUCAGUGUUCCUGUCCUUUUUCGGGAUCGCCAGCAUCGGCCUCAGCUGCUUGGUGGCUCUCUUCCUGUACCAUGUGGUCUUUGGAAUCCAGUACCUGGGCAUCCUCAACGGGGUGGCUGCUUUUGUGAUAGUGGGCAUUGGUGUGGACGAUGUCUUUGUAUUCAUCAACACCUACCGCCAGGCUACCCACCUGGAAGACCCACAGCUGCGGAUGAUCCACACCAUCCAGACGGCAGGAAAGGCCACCUUCUUCACCUCCCUGACCACGGCCGCUGCCUAUGCAGCUAAUGUCUUCUCCCAGAUCCCGGCCGUCCAUGACUUUGGCCUGUUCAUGUCUCUCAUCGUGUCCUGCUGCUGGCUGGCUGUGCUGUUCACCAUGCCUGCUGCCCUGGGCAUCUGGAGCCUUUACAUGGCACCGCUGGAGAGUGCCUGCCAGACCAGCUCUCACCUGGGGCUGUGGGUGCCUCCUGCGCCCUGCCCCCACCUAGCGCGGCGUCCUCUCCUGGCAGGGCUCUUUGUCUCCGUCCUCAUCUUGUCCCUGGUGUUUGCCAGCCGGCUCCGCCCCGCCAGCCGGGCCCCCCUGCUCUUCCGGCCCGAUACCAACAUCCAGGUGCUGCUGGAUCUCAAGUACAACCUGAGCGCUGAGGGCAUAUCGUGCAUCACCUGUUCAGGUCUGUUCCAGGAGAAGCCCCACAGCCUGCAGAACAACAUCCGGACGUCCCUGGAGAAGAAGAAGCGGGGCUCAGGGGUCUCCUGGGCCAGCCGGCCUGAGGCCACCCCACAGGACUCCCCAGGCACCGUGUAUGUCUCCAAGGUGAAGAGUAAGGGUCACCCAGCCGUGUACAGGUUCUCCCUCAACGCCAGCCUGCCUGCCCCUUGGCAGAUCGUGUCCCCCGGGGACGGGGAGGUGCCCUCCUUUCAGGUGUAUAGAGCGCCUUUGGGUAACUUCACCAAGAAGCUGACCGCUUGUAUGUCUACAGUAGGGCUGCUCCAGGCGGCGAGCCCCUCCCGCAAGUGGAUGGUGACAACCUUGGCCUGUGACGCCAAGCGGGGCUGGAAGUUUGACUUCAGCUUCUACGCGGCCGCCAAGGAGCAGCAGCACACCCGGAAAGUGUACUUUGCUCAGUCCCACAAGCCCCCUUUCCACGGGCGUGUGUGCGCCGCGCCUCCGGGCUGCUUGCUCAGCUCCAGCCCCGACGGCCCCACCAAAGGCUUCUUCUAUGUGCCCAGUGAGAAAGUGCCCAAGGCCCGCCUCUCAGCCACCUUCGGCUUCAACCCCUGCGUGAACACCGGCUGUGGGAAGCCAGCCGUGCGGCCACUGGUGGACACCGGGGCCAUGGUCUUCGUGGUCUUUGGCAUUAUUGGCAUCAACCGCACGCGGCAGGUGGACAACCAUGUCAUCGGAGACCCGGGCAGUGUCAUCUAUGACAGCAGCUUUGAUCUCUUCAAAGAAAUUGGGCACCUGUGUCGCCUCUGCAAGGCCAUCGCGGGGAACUCGGAGCUGGUGAAGCCAGGCGGGGCCCAGUGCCUUCCCUCAGGCUACAGCACCUCCUCCGUCCUGCAGAUGCUGCACCCUGAAUGCAAGGAGCUGCCGGAGCCCAACCUGCUCCCGGGGCAGCUGUCCCACGGGGCGGUGGGUGUCAAGGAAGGCCGAGUGCAGUGGAUCUCCAUGGCCUUUGAGUCGACCACGUACAAGGGCAAGUCCUCCUUCCAGACAUACUCUGACUACCUGCGCUGGGAGAGCUUCCUACAGCAGCAGCUGCAGACGUUCCCUGAGGGCUCAGCCCUGCGCCGAGGCUUCCAGACUUGCGAGCACUGGAAACAGAUCUUCAUGGAGAUCAUAGGGGUGCAGAGCGCCCUGUACGGCCUGGCCCUGUCCUUGCUCAUCUGUGUGGCCGCCGUGGCCGUGUUCACCACCCACGUGCUCCUCCUGCUGCCUGUGCUCCUGAGCAUCUUGGGCAUCGUCUGCCUUGUGGUGACCAUUAUGUACUGGAGCGGCUGGGAGAUGGGUGCCGUGGAGGCCAUCUCCCUGUCCAUCCUUGUCGGCUCCUCCGUGGAUUACUGUGUCCAUCUGGUUGAGGGCUACCUGCUGGCCGGAGAGAACCUGCCCCCGCACCAGGCUGAGGACGCCCACUCACAGCGCCAGUGGAGGACACUGGAGGCCGUGCGGCACGUGGGAGUGGCCAUCGUCUCCAGCGCCCUCACCACGGUCAUCGCCACGGUGCCCCUCUUCUUCUGCAUCAUCGCCCCGUUUGCCAAGUUCGGCAAGAUCGUCGCGCUCAACACAGGUGUCUCCAUCCUCUACACGCUCACGGUCAGCACGGCCCUGCUUGGCAUCAUGGCCCCCGGCUCCUUCACCCGGACCAGGACUUCCUUCCUCAAAGCCCUGGGCGCUGUGCUCCUGGCAGGGGCCCUGGGGCUGGCUGCCUGCCUCAUGCUCCUCCGGAGUGGCUAUAAGAUCCCCCUGCCCACUGGGACCUCCCUAUAG